GUCCUGCUCAGGCUGAGACGAACGGACGACCAGUGUUCGGCUGCUGGAGCCGGCAGGCUUUAGGACCCGGGGGCGAGACGCAGGACGCAGGACGACAACAGGAAGUCGGAGCUCACGUUGCCGGUGAUGGCUCAGCAGGCGAUGGCGGGGCGGCGGUACCUGCGGGCGUUCGUAAGCGGGUUCUUCGUCGCAGUUCCCGUCACGGUCACCGUCCUCGAUCGAUUCGCCUACGUGGCUCGAGUGGAGGGCGCGUCGAUGCAGCCGUUCCUGAACCCGGAGGGGGGGUCGGAGUGCGACGUCGUCCUCCUGAACCGUUGGAGCGUGAGGAACUACCAGGUCCAACGAGGCGACAUCGUCUCCGUCAUGUCCCCCAGGAAUCCCCAGCAGAAGAUCAUCAAGCGGGUGAUUGGCCUGGAGGGCGACUUCAUCAGGACUCUGGGCUACAAGAACCGAUACGUUCGAGUUCCUGACGGUCACUUCUGGAUCGAGGGGGAUCAUCACGGACACAGUCUGGACAGCAACAGCUUUGGACCGGUGUCACUGGGGCUGCUUCACGGUCGGGCCUCCCACAUCAUCUGGCCGCCGAAUCGUUGGCAGCAAAUCAAGCCGUCCCUCCCCCCGAACCGAGGACCGCUGGACGCAGAGGAAAAAGAGGGAUGAAGACGCACAACACACACACACACACACACACACACACACACACACACACGUUUUUAUACCUAUGUUAGCGUCAUCUGUCAUCCAGUGAGGCAUCUGUUAGCUGAAGGGUUUUGAAAGACAGAGCUGUGUCCAUCUGUGCGAAAACCUUCCUACACACACAUUGUAUCACUGUUUUUUUUUUUUUCCUCUCUUCUUAAAAUGUCAAAUUCAGGAGACCGAUCCUCUCUGACUCUGGGAGUUAUUGGACUGUAUAUUGAUUUUGUGUCUAGCGGCUUUUGCCACAGUCCAGUAGUUAGCAGUAACGUGAACAGGUCUCUCUCGUAGACAGACCAGAAAAACAGGGACUCUGACCUUCUGAGCCACAACCACGACCACACAGAGAGCUAUAGUCCUGACCUAGAGCUGAAAGGACCAGUUGAUUAAUGGAUUAAUCGACUGACAGAAAGUGAUCGAUCAGUUAGGUAGCUGUUUAAGUGAAAAUGCUAAAUGGUUUGCUGCUGUUUUUCGCCGUUUUAUGUCACUGAAAACCGAAUGUCUGUUGAGUUUUGGACUCGGCCGGAUAAAAAAGAGAUUUGAAGACAUUAA